AUGCUGCUCCCACGGAUAUUCGCGCCCGUCCGCGCGUCGAUAGCGACGUCUGCGGCGUUUAUUGCGCCCUCUACUCGUGUCAUUGACGCUCUCCGCGUGGCCAAUGGCUCUACCGCGCCCGCACCAGUUCUUUCGUUCGUUCGACAUUCGGCGCAUCAGGCCCAAGGACGAGCCAACGGAGCCAAGGACGGCCCGGGUAAACGAUUGGGAGCGAAGAAGAGUGGAGGCGAAUAUGUGAUUCCGGGCAACAUUAUCUUUCGCCAGCGAGGCACAUCAUGGUUCCCCGGCGAGAACUGCAAAUUCGGGCGCGACCACUGCAUCUUUGCCACCGAGUCUGGCUACGUACGAUAUUACCGGGAUCCACGCAAGCACCCCAACAGACAAUACAUUGGCGUUGCUCUUGAAAAAGACCACAAAUUGCCGUACCCUCCGAACGCCGCUCGACGGCGACGCCUGAAUAUGCUCGCUGUGCCCAUUACGUCCUCGUCAAAACCAUCUGCCGACGCAGUUGUCGUAGCAGAGCUGCAAGUCGGCGACGCAACGGGCAGCCCCAGCAGCAUCCGCGAAACACCCCGGGAAACGGCCAACAAGGGCCUGCGUCUGACCACAGGCAAGGGGUAUGCGUACCGCCAGGCCAACUGGGAGAUUGGUCGUGCGGCGGAGCGGGCAGGCGUCAAAGUCAAGGAGUUUGUGCCUGGAGACCGAUGGACGGCGUGGCGGAAGAGGAAUAUCAGGAUCCAGGCCAACAUGGAGAGGAAGAGGCUUAAGAAUGCGGGUAAGAAGGCUAGCAAGCCCAAGGCGAGGAAGAGCCGUGCUUAGACACCAUUGCUAUUGGAGAGAGAGAGAGCAUGUUAUUGAGAAAUGGCAUUCGUCAC